CGCGUGAAACUAGUGUUCCGUACGUUCAACAAUGCAAAAAGUGACCAUUAAAUCGUCGAAAGAGAAGGGCCGUGGAUUGUACACGACGGAAUCCAUUCCGGAUGGGUCCAUUAUCUUUGAAGAAGACCCUCUCGUAUCGUGCCAGUACUCGUGGAACGCGGCUUAUGGCUACUUGGCGUGCGAUCAUUGUCUCUAUCCACUGGAAACGGCCGAAAGAAAUGCGCAACGCUUGGCAAAUGAUCCGAGCAUUGUGUUGCCGAUGCCGGAAUGUUGCCCGGUGGAAGCGACGCUGGGAAAUCAAACCAAGUGCGAUCGGUGCGGAAUCAUGUACUGCAAUUCGGAGUGUCUGAAUAAGGCCAUGCAGCAAUAUCAUUCCGCAAUAUGCCUUGGACCGGAGACCAACAAUGAACAGCAUCCGAUGAAUUUAUUGGUGGAUUUUUGGAAGAAAAUGCACUACCCGCCGGAAACCUGCGGUAUUAUGCUGUUUGUUAAGAUAGCUGGCAUGAUUCUGCAGUCCAGCAAUCCGGAAGAAAUUCGACGACAGUUGCAAGACUUUGUUCACGAAUCGGUGAAUGAAGAUCUUCGUAUUUUCCACAAGAUGCUGGGCGAGAAAUUCGUGCAGCAGAUUGAGCGAUUGUACGAACUGUUCGCCGAUGCGUUCAAUCUGCAGUCGAACGAACGACUUAGCUGGCUAUCGUUGAGUGCAUUUAAAAGUCUUAUCGCUCUCGUGGGGACGAAUGGCCAAGGUAUCGGGACGAGUUCAAUUGGUGAUUGGGUAAAAAACGUAUCGGAACACGAAAUGACAUCGCCGGCAAAGCCGUUGGUUAACGAAUUCAUCGAUGAGUUGUACGUAAAGAUGGACGAGGCGGUAGGUACCUUCUUGAACAACGAAGGUUCGGCUCUUUACCCAACGCAGAGCAAAAUCAAUCAUAGCUGCGCACCAAAUGCCGAAAUAGUGUUUCCCAAAUCCAACCACAGGCUAGCGCUCAGAGCUACCAGAGAUUUGGCUCCGGGAAAGGAAGUACUUAUCUCCUAUUUAGAUGAGUGUAAUCUGCAACGUUCUCGCCAUUCACGGCAGAAACACCUACGUGAAUACUAUCUUUUCGAAUGCCAGUGCGAGAAAUGUGAAAAACAAGUCGAAGAUCCCGACGAGACUUCAGAAGACGAGGAUGAAGACGAUGACGACGCGAUGGAGGAUUCGGAUUAAACUUGUUACAUUUGUUUAUUUUUGAAUAAACAUUUGAUUGAAUAUUUUCACGCAUGCGGUAUUUCAUGAAACGGCUGACCUCAAGCACUCUCUGCCGCCGG